AUGGAAGAAAACAUUGAUAUCCAGCAUUUGUCUGAUAUUGGUGUAUUGGUAGAUAACGAUGUUCCUGAGAACAAACAAAUUGUUGCAAUUGGUGACAGGCCUAAUCCUAUCAUUAUAGAUAACGAUGUUCCUGAGAACCAACAAAUGGUUGCAAUUGGUGACAGGCCUAAUCCUAACAAUAUAGAUAACGAUGCUCCUGAGAACCAACAAAUGGUUGCAAUUGGUGAUAGGCCUAAUCCUAACAAUAUAGAUAACGAUGCUCCUGAGAACCAACAAAUGGUUGCAAUUGGUGAUAGGCCUAAUCCUAACAAUAUAGAUAACGAUGCUCCUGAGAACCAACGAAUGGUUGCAAUUGGUGAUAGGCCUAAUCCUAACAAUAUAGAUAACGAUGCUCCUGAGAACCAACGAAUGGUUGCAAUUGGUGAUAGGCCUAAUCCUAACAAUAUAGAUAACGAUGCUCCUGAGAACCAACGAAUGGUUGCAAUUGGUGAUAGACCUAAUCCUAACAAUAUAGAUAACGAUGUUCCUGAGAACAAACACAUGGUUGCAAUUGGUGACAGGCCUAAUCCUAACAAUAUAGAUAACGAUGUUCCUGAGGACCAACCUCCAAACAAUAAAAGAAAAAAGGAGAAGGUCCAUGAGUUAGAGGAAAACGAAAAGAAAGAACAAAUAACAGACAUGAAGGCAAAGACUACGUAA